AUGCUCAGGAGUAGACACGUAGCCAUCAUACAACGUACGGCCAUCUCCCGAUUUAGUAGUCAACAUGGACUUUUCAGACGACAAGGUAAGGGCGAAAGUCCACGAGACCAUCAUCAUGAUACCCAUGCCAUUCCGCCGCAAUUCAUCCAGGAACAAUAUUGGCAUUACAACAAAGUCAAAAUCUCGGAUCUGGAAAAUGAUGAGAGUGUGGUAAACUGGGACAAAGGCUUGAGUGAGGAACAAGCAAAACUGCUUAAACCUGUCAGCACGAUAUCAAAAUCCGCGAUCGAGAAGGCUUGUAUUGCUUUUCGAAAUGCUGCCUUGGGAACGGAAGGGGAUGAGUCGCCGCUGGAGACUGAGAUUGAGGAUGUAACUGUUUAUGAGCACACAGAUUUUCCAGGAUUGCAAAUAGCACCAGGAAUAUUACCUCCCGAAACUCAGGUCCUCUGGAUAUCGCAAAUCAUGCACAAGUACAUGGCUAAUCCCAAACAUACGAUCAACCUACAAGCAGAUUUCGAUAUUGAAUAUCCAGAACCAGAAACCGAGGACCCAGAGGAGACUCCAUCCUUGUUCCUCUAUGACCCUCAGUCCAUACACUCAGCACCGAAGAACCCUGAAUCUCAAAAGUCUCUCAACAUGGCACAAAUGCUGUCACGAAAACUCCGUUGGUUGACGCUAGGCGAGCAAUACCACUGGCCAACUCGCAGUUAUCCCAGAAACGGACCUACAACCUUCCCCUCAGAUCUCAGCACGCUGGUGAGCGGCCUCUUCCCACACAUCCGACCAGAGUCUGGCGUGUGCCUAUUGUACGGACAAAAAGAUUAUAUGCCAGUCCACCGCGACGUGAGCGAGCUGUGCGAACGCGGUCUCGCUUCCUUCUCUUUUGGCUGCGAUGGCAUUUUCGUGAUCGCAAGAGGCGAGACUGAGCUACAAGAAGGGGAAGAUCCGAAGAAGAGAACAGUGGCCAUCAGGGUCAGAAGUGGCGAUUGCGUGCACAUGGACGGCGAAACCAGAUGGGCGUGGCAUGCCAUGCCUCGUACGAUACCAAACUCGUGUCCGCAGUGGUUGGCUGAGUGGCCUGCGGUCAAGGGUGACGCGGCGAAGAUGGUCAGUGAUAAAGAGCGCAAGGCUUAUCAACGAUGGAAAGGAUUCAUGGGAACGAAGAGGCUGAAUGUCAGCGUCAGGCAGGUCUGGGAUUGA